AUGGCGUCUGUGGACUAUGAUGAAGUCACGGCGUUCCUCGGGGAAUGGGGCCCGUUUCAGCUCAGCAUCUUCUUCCUGCUCAGCCUCAGCAUUGUGCCGAACGGAUUCUCCGGCAUGGUCAUGGUCUUCCUCGCCGACACGCCUGAGUUCCACUGCAGGUCGACGCACCUGAACGCGAGCGCCGGGAACGCGAGCGGGGCGGAGACGGAGAUGGGUGCGCGCGACUCCACCACCGACGGCUGCACCGUGCCGCGCCUGAACGUCAGCGGCGGCGGGGAGCCGUGUGAGAGCGGCUGGGAGUACAGCACCGAGCGGUACCGCGACACCAUAGUCACCGAGUGGAACCUGGUUUGUGGAGACGCCUGGAAGGUUCCCUUCACUCUGUCCAUCUUCUUCGUGGGAGUCCUGAGCGGCUCGUUCAUAUCCGGGGAAUUGUCUGACAGGUUUGGACGUAAGACGGUCCUGUUCGCCACCAUGGGCACUCAGCUGGUGUGCAGUCUGAUCCAGGUGGUCUCAGUCAACUGGGAGAUGUUCCUUGUUUUCUUCUGUCUAACUGGCUUCGGGCAGAACUCCAACUACAUGGCGGCCUUUGUGUUAGGGUCAGAGCUGCUGGGGAAGAACUUGCGUCUGGUGUACUCUGUGAUGGGAGUGUGUGUGUUUUACGCAAUUGGUUAUGCUCUCGUUCCUUUAUUUGCCUAUUUUUUGAGGAGUUGGAGGAUCCUGCUCUUGUCCCUCUCACUGCCUUUGCUGCUCUACAUCCCCCUCUGGUGGUUUAUUCCAGAGUCUCCACGCUGGCUGCUGUCUAAAGGCCGUGUCCAGGAGGCAGAGGACAUCCUCAGAGCAGCGGCCAGGAAAAAUGGCAUCACCGCACCCGAGGUUAUAUUCAAGGAUUCACAACUGAUUAAAUCUGAGUCAGGAAGUCCUGGCGCCUCUUACACGUACAUGGAUCUGAUCAGGACUCAGAAGAUAAGGAGUUUAACGAUGCUGAACAGUGUUGUCUGGUUCACCACCACCAUCAGCUACUUUGGCCUGUGUCUGAGCACCCCUAACAUGAACGGAGACCCGUACCUGAACUGUCUGUUCUCGGCUCUGACCGAGGUGGCUGCGUACGUGCUGACGUGGCUCCUGAUCAAGGUGGUGCCGAGGCGGGCGCUCAUUACUGGUCCACUGCUGGGCGGCGGCAUCGUCCUGCUGCUUAUCCCGGCCGUCCCUCCAGAUUACGGCACCAUGACGGUGGUCCUGGCCAUGGUGGGGAAGCUCGGGGUCACGGCAGCUUUCUCCGUCCUCUACAUCUCGACGGCUGAGCAGUUCCCCACGGUUGUGCGUGGGAUGGGGAUGGGAGUCUGCAGCAUGUUCUCCAAGAUUGGCAGCACCAUCUCUCCGUUUUUCCCUUACUUCAGUUUCUACAGUCAGGUUCUACCCUACAUUCUGAUGGGAGUGCUGACUCUGAUCGCCGGGCUGCUAAGUAUUCUCAUGCCAGAGACGAAAGGCAUUCCCCUCCCUGAGGCUCUCUCACAAGUACAGAGUCUAAACUGGUGCUGUGGCUGGUGUAGGAAUCGUCGGCAUGGCGAUAAAACACAGGAGAUUCUGGCAACAAAGAUGUGAUCGGAGAAUCCCGGUGUAGCAACGUGCAAUUUCUGAUACUUGACCUUUAUACAAAUGGCAUUUUAUUUAGUACUUAAUAGGUUUACACUACCAUUGAUCAUCUGUUGAUUGCAGUUUUUAUUGCAGCAGUUUUAGUCAUUUAUUCACAGAUUUGCACAUUUUAAUAUACGCUGUCUGGCCAAAAAACAUUUCACAGACACUAAGAUCAUGUUCGACUUUCCUUAGUUUUGAUCAUGCCAUGUGAUGUGAUGUAAUUUAUUGAUAAAAAUGAUUCCUUCAAUGAGUCAUGGAAUAUGCCUGUGCUAUCAGGGUAGAAAAAAAGCAGAUGCGAUAACCUGGUCAUUUACAGUAGUACAUUCAGGUCGUCAGCUGACUCUAUUUUACUGCCACGUUUCUGAGUCUAGACCUGACCGACUGAAGCAACCCUAGAACAUAACACUACCUCCAGAGGCUUGAAAUACUUUAUGUAUCACGGGUGCAUCACUUCACAUGCUUCGUUUCUUAUCCUGACACACCCAUCACUCUGGCAUAGGGUCAAAUCAUUAUGCUCCUUAGCAAACUAAGUUUGUUUUACUUGUUUGAUACAGGCCAGUAACUAGACCCUCCUGAAGUAGAGACAUUUUUGUUCUUCCCUGGCCAGACAGUGUAUAUUCAUUUAUAAUUAUGCAAAUGUUUUUCAAGGAGAAUAAUUAAAAUAUUUUUCUAUGUGUGAGUAUUUUUAUUGUGCUGGUGUCAUGUGGAAAAACUGAUUACCUACAGUAAAUGGACACAUUGAUAAAAUGUAGUCAAUACUCCAAAUGAAGUCAUUUUGUUUUCAGAUCUACACCCAAGUGUCAUGAACUCUAGGAUUCAGAUUGUGUUGACAGAAAUGUAUCUGGAGGACUUCUGACCAUGUGAACCUGCUGUGUCUCCAGUUUAAUAUUUUUUGUAAUAAAUAUCAGAAGACUUUAGAAUGAUGAUGAUGUAUAUUUUGUUGCAAUUUCUUUUUAAGUGUUUACCACUUAAAGAAACAUUUUGAUGAAAAGUAAAUUUACAGUUUCCUA